UAAAGCGUAACCUCACAGUUAUGCAUCUCUCUAAUAAUCCCCACAACGAUCAGUCCCCUCGAAAUUUCUUCUAAAAACAAUAUCCAUUAUUUACCUUUCGUCAUCACCAAAACCGUAAGAGAUUGAAUUAAUAAGUCUCCCGAGGCAGUCCGAACUGCCCCACAGUGUUGUCUAACAAAUUCCGAAUUAUUGAGGAGUAGAAUAAUGACCCUGUGACGCUCUGAAAUGAUGGAAUUGACAAAGGGAGGAAUUAACACAAUGAAAUAGUGAUGCUUCCAUCGACGGGCUACUUCAAAUCAAUAAACUGUCCGUUUUAUGACAGUGGCUCCUGUGACAGGCCCUAUUGCCACUUCAAACACUUGCGGAGAGAUGACGUUUCAAAUCCAGCCCCCUCGAUCCUCGGUUACACCACAAUCCAUGAGCCCGAGAAGACCAUCGAAUCAAGCGAGGGGGGUGAGAAUAGUGGAGCCACCCCCCUACCAAAGACUCCAAAUCCUGAGAUGAUACAGCAGUUAGUUUCCGACGCAGUCAGCAAAGUUCUGGCUGAUCAGGGGGUCACAGAUUCAGAAACAGUAUCUAAAGACAUUGUUUCUAAAGUAGUCGAGGGUCUGAAGCCAACAUUGGCACCAGCCAUUGGUAAACACAGUGGUGUCCCCCAGUCUAUAACAAAACCUCCAUGUGUAUAUAAUCCAACGCCUAUAUCAGAGCUCAGAAAACGACACAUUGCAGUGCCUGUCUACAAUCCAACGAGGGAGAGCAAAGUUUCCGUGAAGAGAAAAUCCACAGAUGAUUCGGCGAAACCGUGGCUCAGUGCUCUGCCUGAAUCCAUUAAAAACGAUCAAAGAAGAAUUAGUGAGAUAACUUAUAAACCCACUGCUAUAGUUCACGACAAGGAUGCUGUUGAGGGGCUGAAUUAUAUUCCCACUGCUAGGUCAGAUGACAGUAAUUCGAGUGAUUACUCCAAGAGGAAGGAGGCGUACUACCCGAAGUCUAAAAAACGUCGAGAGGAGUAUGUUCCUAGGAAGGUUAAAGCUCCUCUUCAGUCUGUGCAGCAGCUUGAAGACAUGACCCUCGACUCGUUUGAUCCAGAGUUCAAUCUGUUGGAUGACAUUCUCAUUGGGAAUUCGAAGAGUUUGAAGAACUACGAGAGUAGUUCACAGGAUAUGUACAACAUUGAGGGUAAAUUUUCGGACGAGGAGAUUGUGGAUUUCACUGGAGAGCCAGAAGCAACCGAGGAAGUACAAAAAAUGGAGGAAGAUACCAGAGAAGAGACGAUUGUUACCGACGAGCUGGGGCAAGAGGAAACCAAUAAAGACGACCAUGAGGCAGAACACAAUAACAUUAGUUGCAGCAACAAAAGUGACGAAAUUUCUGAGGCAAAAAGCCUCACAAAAGAGAAGACCACGAAAUCGAAUCAUGACGACAAGUCGAGAAGAUGUUCCGUUAGUUCGGAGUCGUCGAGACACAGUGAGACACACAAAUCGAGAGAGCACUCGAACAAGGAGAAUUCAACGGGGAAAAAGUCCUCGAGCAGUCACAAGAGCAAGAGCUCCAACAGUGAUAAGGAUAGAAAGAGUUCCCAUAGUAGGCGAGACUCCAAAGAUCACAAAAAGACUUCUGAUUCACACAGAUCGUCAUCAAGCAGACACAGAGAAAGCAAGAGUCACAGUAAAAGUAGCUCCCACAGUUCUAGAGAUAAGUCACAUCAGUCGAGUUCUCACGGGGACAAGUCAUCGACUUCCAAAGAAAAUAAUCACCACAAGUCGAGUAGGCACGAUAAGAAGAAAUCCUCGAGUUCGUCACGUUCCAAAUCCAGUGAGAAGUCGUCGUCAAAGUCCUCGGGGCGACGAAGCUCGAGCUCGAGUCACAAGUCCAAAGAAUCGAAGAGAAUAUCUAAAUCAGAAUCAAAUAACGCGAAGGAUCAGUCGGAUCAUGACUCGUCCAACGAGGCCUUCGACAAUUUCAUCGGUGAGGAGCUCUUGCAGUCUUCAGAUUCUGAGCACGAUGUCGAGGAGGAGUGCCUCAAGAUCUUCCAAGAAUAUCAGGUCACCGAGGCGCCAAAAAGUAUUACCACGAAGCAGACGAAAAAACCGGAUGAGGGCGUUGAGGAAGUAGGUAAAAAACGCGUCGCUCAUCCAUCAGCAGAACACUCUGUAGUUCGCAAUGCUGGACCCACUCAGCCCCUCAAGAAGGCACCCAAUCCCCAGCAGAGAAUGUACGAUCGUUGGCGAAUGAUGAAGGAGGCCGCUGCUGACAAAGCUGCCGAGAGAGCCGCCAAGCAGAUGAAUCCUGAGAGAGAAGUGAACGAUGAAAAAAUUGAGGUGAAGAGUAAAAUUUUUGGAGCUGUUAAAACAACGCCCAGUGAAUCUCAGGUCAAUGGAAAUGGCCGUGUGAGGAUAGCACAUGUACCUUACGCAAUGUCUCUGGCACUGUCGAAAAAGAAAGUAGUUGAUGCCACAUCGAAACCAGUGGAAUCAAAGACCGUUGCGCAGACGACAAAAGGCACUCCACGUGUCGCCCACAUCCCACAAACAGUACCAACGCUGGUUCGUCCGGAGCCAUUGCAAGUGGCAACCCAGAAGUUCGCUAUAAAUGUACGUCAGUAUUACGUUAACCUGAUGCACGACAUUUGUGUACAAAUAUACACCAACGGUGAUGACGCUGCACAGCGUGCACUGCGCGAGGAGCUUGCGUGUCACGAGCGUUGCAAAGCCCUGUCAGUUUACAAGAACUCGUGUAUGCUGGCUGCUCACAGACUCAGGAAGGAAGUUGAUCAGAGUGUGCCAGAUGGAUCUGUGCCGUCAGCAAGUGGAAUGUUAUCACACGAUGCUGUGCUUGCUGGAAAAACAAAGGGCUCUUGGAGUGUUGUCAAGGUGAAGAAGGCAGCGACAGACUUCAAGGGUCCAGCUCUCUACUCUAUGCUCAAAAAAUGGAUAAUGACUGAGACACAGCUGCGGGAAAAUGGUUUCCCCCGGGCACAUCCUGACGGGCCCAAGGGGAGGGCCAAGUACUAUGCAACGAGGAAUCAGCCGUUGCUUUCAAAAGUGCCUAAUGAGAGACUCUGCAUUCGGUGCGGGCAGGCCUACAUGGUGGACAAACGGGGCUUUGCGGUUACGGAACAGAACUGUAUUUAUCAUUGGGGUCGCAAGUUCACGAUCAGGGGGGAGGGAAGGUACAGCUGUUGCCAGCAGUAUGGAUCGGCCACUGGCUGCUCUGAUGCCAAAAAUCAUGUCUGGGAUUAUGUUGAUUACGAUAAUCUACGGGGUUAUGUUUCUACGUUACCUAAGGAUGGUCCUGGCGACCCGGAGGAACAGGGAGUCUAUGCUCUCGACUGCGAAAUGACGUACACCACGCAGGGGCUGGAAUUGACGAGGGUCACUGUUAUCAAUGAGGAUUGCAACGUUGUUUAUGAGACACUUGUCAAACCGGAUAAUCCGAUUAUUGAUUAUAACACGAGAUUUUCAGGUAUAACUGAGGAGAAUAUGGUGGGAGUGACGACAAGCCUGCUGGACGUUCAGGCAACUCUAUUAACAAUGUUUUCGGAUCAUACGAUAUUAGUGGGUCACAGUUUGGAGAGUGAUUUCAAAGCACUAAAGCUCAUUCACAAUACUGUUGUAGAUACAAGUAUGAUGUUUCCCCAUAAAAAUGGACCACCCCAUAAGCGUGCCCUGAGAAAUUUGUGCUCCGAGUAUCUACGUAAAAUCAUUCAGAAUGAUGUCGGAGGUCAUGACAGUAACGAGGAUGCUGUCGCUUGUAUGGAACUCAUACACUGGAAAGUCAAAGAGGAAGCCAAACUUCAGUGAGUGAAGGAUUAUCCUCGAUAAACACUGGAAUCAUUCAUCAGUUUUCUUUAAUAUCGAUUUGUAUUGAAAUCUGUACUAUUGUACUGUCGAUGACAUUACCGAGUACUUCAACAUCAACUUUUUCUCGAGAAAAUGACUUAUUGCACUCAAUAAAGCCUUCGUUUGCCAACAUAUUCGGCGUUUUGCAUUCAGACUUAGCAGAGCUCGUAAUCCUCGCAUUCUAAUUACACGAUGUGCAUGUUGGAUUCACCAAAUUGAAAUGCACCAACCCAAUUUCACAUGGUAUAAUUCAACAGGGAAAUGUUCAAGUUUCUCAAAUAGUUCUGUAUCACAUUUGGUCAGCAGUAGCUAUCAACGAAGAAAAAUCAAUUUCUUUUGCAAUUCGUGCAUUUUGUUUUCAAGUUUACUGCUUUUAUGUUUUACUAUUUAUUGUAACUAAAAUUUAGUAGUAUUCAAUAUGUUAAUCGUGUAAUUAGAAUAUGGGGAAUUGAAUUUCAGCGGACCAGAACGUAAUGAUAGAAAUAUUACGUAUAAUAAGUCAUUUUGUCGAAAAUAAGCUGUGCAUUGAAGUAUGCUGACUUUACUAACUCACUGUAUAAAUGUACAAUAUACGUAAUAUAAUGAGGGGGCGGCUGAGGCGAAUACAAAAAUGCAGGAUUACCCUUGUUUAUACUUAAAUACGCGAACAUUAUCAGUUUAUUUCGAGAAAUAUUGUCGACGAAAUUCAAUACACCUUCAUGAUUAUCAUUCACUCAACUACUAUUUUUGUACUUCGUUGGCUAUUUAUAUUCACAUUGAUUAAACGUUAUUAGAACAAUGAAAUUCAUCAUUUAUUUGUUUUCUUUUGUACAGAUGAGAAAUCAGUUAACAUGUUGUUAUCAAAAUUAGGUUUUGACACUUUGUCUUCUCUGUAUGAAGCAACAUCAUCAAGCAAAGCUGUUAUCACUCAGAUAACUUCUACUAUUUUAUAUAGUGCCGCAUAAAUUGAUGAUUCGUUCAAAAAUUAUCUGUUUUGAUUGAAAAAUAUACUGAAUAUUUUGCGUACAACGACGAA